UGCGUUGGUUACACGCGCCUGCGCUGCUGAACAGUACCCGGAUGAUAUAGUUUGUGUGUGACGUAAACAAGAUGGCAGCGGUGCUUAUCUCAAUAAUUCACACGCACCGAUCGCAGAAAUGAAAACGAGUCAUUUAUAUUCCACGCAGUUUAUUUUCAACACGGAUUAUAUUCAUAUCUGGCUAUUCUUCUGAUUUUCCCGAUUUUUAUUGUGGUCGGAAGGACCACACUUUGAAGACAAUUUAAUAUAAACAUGUCUGCCAAAGUGGACACCGUGGAGAGAAGUGAGUCAAGUACAAAAAGCAGACGUAGUUCUCACAGCAGAGGAAGAGAAAACGAAAACCGGAAACGAGCAAGAAGCCGAAGCAGAUCAUCCUCAUCAUCUUCCUCCUCCUCCUCAUCAUCCUCUUCUUCACGGACUUCAUCCAGCAGUUCAUCAUCACGUAGUAACUCCAGCUCUGAUAGCUCCGAUUCUUGCAAAAAACAAAGAAAGUCUUCAAAGAAAGGGAAAGAGAGACCUGGAAAAAAGAAAGGAAAGAAAGAGAAGACACGUAAGCGGAAGAAGGAAAGGGGACACAAAGGGCAAGAUGACAGCUCUGGACCUGUUCAAAUUUCAAAGUAUCUUAAGGAAAAGAAGAAAUCAGGCAAAUACAGUAUGAUUUCAGGGAAAAAGAUUAAAAUGAAAGUGAAAAAAUCAAAGAAGGACAAGCAGAGGGACAAAAACCGAGCCGAACUGCUGGAGUUCUUAAACUCCACUUUCUGAUUCAGUCCAGACCUGGAACUGCAGAAACAGACAAACUUUUUUUUUUUUCCUUCAUUUUUUUAAUUUCAUUUUUUUUUUUCAUCGCCUGACCACCACUCAGGGAAAGACCAUUUUCAACUAUUAAUGUUGUUGCCUGAUGUUAUACAUUGACAAUUCCUUACCAUAAACUCCAUGUGGAUGGUUGUUGUCCUCUUUAUUUUUAUUUUUUAUUUUUUAUCCAGACUGUGUCCUGAAAUACUUAUAUUUUAUGUCUAAUUAACUCUACCUUCUGAGAACUGUAGCAUGGAUGUAACAUUGUUACGUUACUGAAAUUGUAAAAAAUAAUUAUUCUUGUAUUCUCAUUUUUAAAUUCAAACCUCAAGUACAUAACAGAAUCAGUCCAGAUUUCUUAGGAAUUUUUCAGAAAGAUUUAAAUCAUUUAUGAACAGUUUGUGCUGGUUCACCAGGGAGAAGGUUGUAUAUAUAUAUAAAAAAAAACCUGUUCAAAUUUGAAACAACACUGUAGUCGUGUAGUUCCAGUGCUGUUUCUUGUUAUCCCAUGAUAAUCUGUGUAUUUACUUUGUUGAGCCAAAUGCAGAGGCACCACUAGCAGGUAGUUAAAAUCUCAUGAUCUGCCUUUGUGAGUCACGUGCAUUUGACUGCUGAUAACAAUACUGUUAAAUAAAUUUCCAGUUUGUGUCCCUUUAUUUAUUUUUUUUUACACCAAAUACAUAAACAUUUGUUAGAAACUGGUUGGCAUGGUUUCUAACAGUUAACAAAAUCAUUUAGAUAGUUGGGAAAGUGUUUUAAGGUAUGCUUGUUUCGCACAGGGUUUGUUACUGCAUGAAUAAUAUUAAUCUGCAGCCUAGCCUUACACAAUUUCUUCUGUCAACAGGUGUUGGCUAUAUUAUAAUAUUCAUCAGUACCUCUGCAAAAUAGCAUAAAGUUUUGCAAUAUCUUCUCCCUAUAUUCAUGUAUUGAGGAUAAAUUCUUGAAAAUAUCUGAGAAAGUUUUGAUACCAUAUAGCUGAGGCAUUUGU